UCUCUUCCACCAACCCUCCUCUCUCUUCAUCCGGGAUACCUCGACGUCAAUAGGCUUCGAAGAACGACUCACUCGUUGUCGCCUUCAAGAUGCCUGCCGUCACAAGACCUGUCCUUCCACCGCUCCAGACCCCAAAGACUGCCUCGUUCCCCUCCGAGAUUGUCAACACCCCAGUGUCAUGUGUAUCGGCCGUCAUCAAGCAGGAGAGUGCUGGGACACCGAUUACACCUCCGGUAGCCUACACCGAUUUCCUCAAAGCUCUUACACCAGUCUUGGGAAGCCCUCCCCCGGCCGGGACUCUGCAACGAACCUUCUCAGAUGAGUCGACAAGUACAAGAGACUCUAUGAUCUCAACCACCUCUACUUCCUCAAGCCUACAAUCAUCCCGAAGCGAAGGUCACAAGUCUGCCUCUGGUUCCGUUCCACCAACUCCGAAUACUCGCAGAACUCCCACUCAUCUAAGACGUCUGCGCAUACCUCAUUCUCCGGCGUUCUCCCCUAGCACUUGUGGUCCUUCUCCGCGUACUGCCUUUAGUGGCAUGAGCAGUGGCAGCAUGCUCUAUUCUCCAUACUCGCCCGCCGACUGGAGCCUAGAUAGUGCUGGUCGACGUUAUUUCGACAACACGCCCAGGAGUGCUUGUUCUAAACCCGUCAGCGUACGAUCAGUCAUGACAAGAACAGUCACCUACAAAAGAUCACCACCACUAGAUCCGGCGCCCAAGGGCAAAAAGCGCAAAGUUGAAGCCUCCGAAAUGCCACCUCCGUCUACCACAAAGGAAACCGGUAUCAUCCCUGUGGACAAAUUCCCGUCGACGUUGAUUGAAUCAUCUUCCACCGUCGUAGCAUCACCCAAAGUUAUGAAAGUCACGACGCCUACUGCAGUCCCCACCACCACUGCUGUGGCAUGACUUUGACAGUCAUCGUCCCCAGAGAACGAUCUGAGCCCACUGCACAAUGGCAGUAUCUUUUACGACUUGACUCAUUUAGAGUCCUUACGACAGCUUUGCAAUUUCUUUCAUAUAUGAUACCACAUCAUUACUGCUGGGCACAGGCGCUCGGCGUACUGGUACGACGAGCGCGCCGAAUUUAGCACACGACUAUUGCGUCUACCAUCAGUACGAAUGCUACAUUUUAUGCAUUGGAGGGGAAGUCAUCAGAGUACGAUGACCGUCUGCGAUACUUCGAUCACGGGGGGCAAAUGGCGCGGAGAAAGUUUGAAAAGUAUUUGAGGCGUUGUUUGCCGCAUACUACGGGA